UAUGUUCUGGUUGCGUACGGCAGGUAGUUGAUCUAUUUAAACAGGAGAGGUCUUUGGUGCAGUAAUAGGCGGGUUGUAUUUUAUCAGGGUUGUUGCUGUUAUACAGGGGGUGAACUAUGGUGUAUGUGUGUUAUCUGAUAGUUUAAAACGCAGGGAGUAUCACCAGUCAGCCGGUAUCAUGUCACCAGGCCGUUAGAGUCACCAGUAAGGUUGUGUCACCAGCGAGGCUGUGUCAGCAAUGAGGUUGUCUCACCAGUAAGGUUGUAUCACCAGGUAGCUCGUCUCAUCAGUGAGGUUGUGUCACCAGUGAAAUUGUGUCACCAGUGAGGUUGUAUCGCCAACAGCUAGUCUCACCACAAAGGCUGUGUCACCAGUGAGAUUGUGUCACCAAUCAGCGAUAAAAACUAACACUUGCUAUUUAGAAACAAAUCAAAUCUCAAACUGGGAAAAACGUAAAAUUAAACCAGUCUCUGGGCAUGCGCAUCACAAUGCCUGGCCAGGCACCGUUGAGUCAGUUUGCCAAGUGUACUCUAGUCAUUGUCUGCUGGUUCUACCAGUUUGCCAACUGCCUGGGUUCUGACUGCCAGUUGAGGGUCUUCGAUGGGGAUGUUGAGAUUGAAAGCAGUGAAUUGUGUGAACAGAAAUACGUGACAGCAGAUUGCCGCAAUUUUGUACAGAGUUUAAACUCUUCCUCCUUGCCCGAAGGCUAUCCGAGAGAUCAAUACACAAUCGAAGACCCGAUCAAUGUUGAUCUGAUCAGUUUGAAUAGUCCUUAUAAUGAUGAUGUCAUACCAGGCGUGCGCGUCACCUGGGAGAAACCGGCGACAGCAGAAGUCAACACCAACACGCCACACGGCUAUCUACUGAAGGCCACCUACAAAAACGCUAAUGGACAACGUGAGCUGCUCUGUCGCUUGUUCCGGUUCAAACCCAACUCAGCUUACAGCAGCAAAAAGUUGAAGUUCAUCCACGACAUCCAAUACGCUGCACGGUUCACGAACUAUGACGUCACAGUGGCCAGCAUGCCUCUGUCACCUGGCCUGACCAGUCUGCCCAGAGUUCCAGUCCUUCUCCAGACCAGUGGGGGAUACCGCGUCGGCUCGACCCCCGGGGAAUGGUCCCCAUCCGUGUCCGUCAAGUGGUGGACCAACGGGACCGUGGACGUGAGGUUCACCCUCUCCCCCACCGCCUACAACCUGACCCUGUACGAUGUCCUGCUGCUCAAGAGGUCCUACGACGAGGACAAUUCUUACCUGCUAGUGCAGCAUGAGGACCAGCUUUACUCAGACGAAAAGCCAGAAGGUUCAGUCAGGUUCGACAACCUCAUCACCGACAUCUACAGGAUCCUGGUGCGUGUUCGAGACCCGUACCCGGAUGUAGAGGGCAUGUGUCUGUGCUGGAAGUUUGACCUGGAGAAAUAUUGCUCGAACGUCUGCGGCACAACGAUUACACCUUGGAUGGGACUUAACUUCACAGAUUCUGAUGCCUACAAGAUGAGGCCUACCACGUCGAUGGAUGAUCCAGUCUCUGAUGAUGAUUCACCAUCCGGUCCUGAAGAAAGUUCCAGAUCGACCCGCAUCACCACCAUGCCUGAAGGGGAGGAGUUCGAAUCUCACGACAAGACAGAUGUCAAGGACGAUCGCAAAACGACCCGCCCUCUGGUGGCCUCACACUCGACCUUGACCCUGGGAGAUCACGUGAUGGAGGAUACGCUGGUGGUGCUGGUGGUGCUGCUGGGGCUGCUGUGUGUGCUGGUGCUGGUGCUAGCCGUGGUGUUUGUUUACAGGAAACAGCUGUGCUCUGACGGAUCUAGGGGAGAUAAGUUUGUACAUCUGGAUGUGGCCUCAGAAAACAGCUCGGAUAUUCGGUCGCAGAGCAAACAGGAUCUUUCUAAAACAUUUGAGCCAAUACUGAGUGUGUGAUUGGUGGAUCACUGACCGGCUACAGUGAUUGACAGCCCAGAACCUCCCACAACUUUCAAACCAGCAGCCAGUAUUUUAAGCUAACCUAUUGCUGUAGCUAAUGUUUAGCUUACUUCUGUAACUAAUGUUUCAAUAACAUGUGUAUGUAGCUAAUUUUUAGCUAACCUAUUGAUGAAGCUAAUUUUUAGCUAACUUAUCGAUGAAGCUAAUUUUUAGCUAACUUAUUGAUGAAGCUAAUUUUUAGCUAACCUAUUGAUGAAGCUAAUUUUCAGCAAACUUUUUCAUGUACCUCAUGUUUUAUUAUACUGUACUGAAGAGUUUACGUUUAGCUAACCUAUUGAUGUACCUUAUUUUCAGGUAUUCAGUAACUGAAACAUUUUAGCUAAUCAGUUGCUGUAAUUAAUAUUUUUAAACUGAUUUGUCUCUGUAACUAACGUGUAAAUGUGUAAGUAAAAGUUCUAUUUAAGCCAUGCUGUAUACCUUGUGUAAUUACGAAUCAAACAACCUGUAAAUGUUGAUUACACUGUUUAAUUCCGCACAUUAAAUAUACUCACUGUAAUUCUCGAGUACAUUUAAAUCUAUGUUAAUCUUAGCAUAAUCAUUAUAGUAAUUAUAAAAUCUAGAUUCGGCUUAUUGUAUCACUAUGCUUUGAUUGUACCCAACAACAUAUCCACUUCGCCUAUAUUUGAGUGAACUAUAUUUUCUUUUUUUUAAAUUUCUUUUUCUAAUUUUGAAAAACAAAUCCCACAUCGUAUUUUUAUAAUUUGUACAAUAAAAAA